AUGGGGCCCAUCUUCGAGCACGUCUUCUUCGCGUCGGCGUUUCUCUUCCCGCCGAUAGCCGUCACCGUCAUCCUCUGCCUCAUCCUCGCCACAUUCGGGAAAAGCCUCGGGUUACGCAAGAUCUACGUCGACACCCUGAUUUACAUUUUUGAAUGGGGCGCUCGACAAAUCAAAACUUCGCAAAAGCUUGAGAAGAUCAAGCGCGGCGAGAGCUCGGCGCACCUAUGCAACAUGGCGCAUUCACCGGAAGUUGACGUAGUUUCAAGUACCGAGGAUGAACUCACCGACGACGAGCCCGACCACCGGAGUGACGGCUACGAAUCGGGCAGCGGCUUGAGGAGAAGGCACGGCUCGGGCACAAGCAUCAGUUCCGUCGGGUCGGUCUGCAGUCGCACCGGCAAGGCACCUCGUCGCAAAAGUAGUAUCAUCCGCCGGCACACGCAGAUCAACUUUGACGACGACGCGGACGAGACGGAAGUGUUCGUCAACAGCCGCGGAUGGGCAGUCAUUAGGGAUUCGGUGGAUUUUGUCAAGGCUGGUAUUGAAGCGAUUAUCGAGGACGAGGUGACGUCUCGAUUUGAAGCCGAGCAACUGGUCAGCUGGAAUAUGCUGACCCGGACGUCGCUUCGCUUCUAUCAAUUUGUCAAUUGGAAAUUGACGCUGCUGUACUCCAUCGGCUUCUUCCUGCGCUACUGCUUCCUGUUGCCGUUGCGAAUCUCGAUUUUCGGGAUUGGCCUGGUUUUCCUGGUGGUCGGCACGGCAAUUAUUGGACUGUUCCCGGAAGGGCCGCUCAAGAGGUCUCUCAACUUCAGCUGCAUGUUGAUCUGCUACCGAAUUCUGUCGCGUUCCGUCUCGGCCGUCGUCAAUUUCCACGAUUGUCACAACAGGCCACCGAAUAGCGGUAUUGCCGUCGCGAAUCACACCUCGCCAAUGGACGCGAUGAUCCUGUCGAUCGACAACGUCUACGCCCUGAUUGGGCAGCGUCACCCCGGAAUCCUCGGUCUCGUGCAGCGCGCACUUUCUCGCGCAUCGGCCCAUAUCUGGUUCGAGCGUUCCGAGGCCAAGGAUCGAUCUAUCGUCGCCAAAAAAUUACGAGAGCAUGUCAACGACCCGGACAAGCUGCCGAUCCUCAUCUUCCCGGAGGGGACGUGCAUCAACAACACCUCGGUGAUGAUGUUCAAGAAGGGUUCUUUUGAGGUUGGCGCCACCAUCUACCCAAUCGCCAUGAAGUACGACUCGCGAUUUGGCGACCCGUUCUGGAACAGCACCGAGCAGUCGUGGGGCGAAUAUCUGUUGAGGAUGAUGACCUCUUGGGCGAUCAUUUGCAACGUUUGGUACCUGCCGCCAAUGCAGAUUCGCGAAGGCGAGGAUGCGAUCGAUUUCGCAAAUCGUGUCAAGAAGAGCAUCGCCCAGAAGGGCGGCCUCGUCGACCUGGUCUGGGAUGGGCAGCUAAAGAGGUCCAAAGUCCCGCCGAAGCUUGUCCAAAAACAACAAGAAAUCUAUUGCCACCGAUUCGCUCGCUACACGUCGACCAGCGAAGGGCUGAAAAUGCGCGAGGAUGAGACUGGCGACGAGGAUGCUGAUAUCGAGGAAUACAUCACCUUCAAGUCGCCUGGCGUCUCCGGCUACGCUUCCCUGGAGGAACUUCCGGAAGACGUCAUCGUCACAUCGGACGAGGAGGAUGUUUGGGAUACACCAAGGGAACCGCCACGACGCUCGCGAAGUCGCAACGCCAAGCACUCCCUCACGCCACGUGCGAAUCCGUUGAACCGCGCGGCAGUCGACUCA